AGUAUAAAGUAGAAGAAGUGGGGGCGUUUUCUCAUCUAUUCUUCAUUUCGAUAAAUAAUUGAAAAGACCAAAAAACAAAAGAGAAGAGAAAGCGUUUGGCGAUGAAGAAGAACGCACUUUGGCUACUGUGCAUUCUGGUGUUACCGGCGAUAACCUGUGGUAGGAAACCGGAGAAGAAGGUAACAGUUUCGUCCUCUGGGAGGAAGGAAGAUGACCUUGUAACCGGUUUGCCCGGCCAACCACCGGUUAACUUCAAACACUACGCCGGUUACGUGAAUCUGGGACCUGAACAGAAGCAGAAGGCACUUUUCUAUUGGUUCUUCGAAGCCCAACAAAACUCUUCUCGUCGUCCUCUAGUCCUUUGGCUCAAUGGAGGACCGGGUUGUUCAUCAAUAGCCUAUGGAGCUGCACAAGAACUAGGCCCUUUUCUUGUUCACACCAACGAUGGCAAACUUUCCUACAAUAAUUUCUCUUGGAACAAAGAGGCCAAUAUGUUGUUCUUGGAAGCACCGGUUGGGGUUGGGUUCUCGUAUACCAAUAACUCAAUGGAUCUUCAAAAGCUUGGAGAUGAAGUUACCGCAGCCGACUCUCUUGCUUUCUUGAUCAACUGGUUCAUGAAAUUCCCCGAGUUCCGAUCCAACGAGUUCUACAUCUCCGGAGAGAGUUACGCCGGUCACUAUGUUCCUCAGCUUGCGGAGGUAAUUUACGACAGGAACAAGAAGACAAAAGACUCUCGCAUUAAUCUCAAGGGUUUCAUGAUAGGGAAUGCGGUGAUCAAUGAGGCAACAGACAUGGCAGGACUAGUGGACUAUGCUUGGAGCCACGCUAUAAUAUCGGACGAGGUCCACACCAACAUCCAUGGCUCGUGCCGUUUUGAGGAAGAUACCACGAACAAGACCGAACAAUGCUACAACAAUUUCAAAGGGUUCAUGGAUGCUUACAACGAUAUCGAUAUAUACAGCAUCUACACUCCCGUUUGCCUCUCCUCUUUGUCCUCAUCUUCUCCAAGAAAACCUAAAAUCGUCGUGUCUCCUCGUCUCCUUACUUUUGACGACAUGUGGGACAAGUUUCCGGCCGGGUACGAUCCAUGCACCGAAGGUUAUGCCGAAAAUUAUUUCAACCGGAAAGAUGUGCAGGUUGCACUCCAUGCGAACGUUACAAACCUUCCUUAUCCGUACUCUCCUUGCAGCGGAGUAAUAAAGAGAUGGAAUGAUGCUCCAUCCACCAUGAUUCCCACCAUACAAAAGCUUUCAACUGGCGGCCUCCGCAUCUGGAUCUAUAGUGGAGAUACGGAUGGGAGAGUUCCGGUAACAUCUACACGCUAUAGCAUAAAAAAGAUGGGACUUAAGGUUGAGUUACCGUGGAGGUCAUGGUUCCACAAGAGUCAAGUGGCUGGAUGGGUUGAGACUUAUGCCGGAGGACUAACGUUUGUGACGGUGAGAGGAGCCGGUCACCAGGGUGUUGGUGUUCUAGCAAAGAGUACCACUUUUGCUAAGAAUCCAAGGCAAUUGCAAUUUGAAGCCGACAUUAACAAACUGUUUAUGUUUACAAGCUAUAAUCGUUUGGGACGAGAUGCUGAGGAGGCUGAUGCAGAAGAGAUCAUUGAGAUUGCUGGUAAAGCCACUUUAUCUGAGCAACAGAAGCAAGUUCAGGAGAACAUUCACUACCAAGUCGAAAUUUUUUGUUCUUUGAUGGACGAGAUUCUUCUUACCAAUAUUAAAAAGACAAAGGAACUAAAUAAGCCAGGAUCAGAAUCAAGAAGGGACAACAAUGUCCCAGCUGCAGACAAGCCCAUUGUUCCUGAGACUAAACCGCUGAAACUCGCUGAAGUCUCACAUCGAUUAAAGGAUCGAAUUGGGUACACCCUCCAGAUCAAACCAUCAUUAAUACCUCACAAAGAUGCGGGUCAAGGUUGUUUUAUAGAAGGUGAAGCAGAUGUGGGAGCUGUCUUAGCCUUUUACCCUGGUGUGAUUUACUCUCCUGCAUUCUACAGAUACAUUCCCGGGUACCCAAAUGUUGAUGCACAGAAUUCAUAUCUGAUCACAGGGUAUGAUGGGACGGUUAUAAAUGCUCAACCUUGGGGUCGUGGAGGAGAAUCACGGGAAGUAUGCUCCUUUCCAACGCCUGAGAUCAGAACAGACACUACAACAGCGGAAAACAGUUCAGACAAGGUAUGGAAGAUGCUGAGUAGGCCGCUUGAAGGUUCGGGUAGUGUAGAAGCGGAUCUUGAAAUGAGAAACCCGUUAGCGUUUGGUCAUUUCAUCAAUCACCCUGGUAAAGACAUGGAACCUAAUGUGAUGAUUUGCCCUUACGACUUCCCAUUGUCAGAGACAGAGAUGCGAGCUUACAUUCCGAAUGUAGCUUUCGGGAACACAGAAGACGUAAAGAUGGGGAGAUUUGGAAGCUUCUUGUCUAGGACAGGUAGUAAUAGCAGUUUGGAUACUCCUGUGCUGAAGACACUUGUUCUAGUGUCUACAAAAGCGUUGUGCAAUGAGGAACUGAUGCUGAACUACAGGCUGAGCAAUUCCGAGAAAAGACCGGUGUGGUAUAUCCCACUUGAUGAAUAAGAAGAUUGAAGGAGAUGGAGCUACAGUCUCUGGUUUUU